AUUCGUCCGUUAUUUUCAAUCUGAACAAGCCAGAAGCAACUGAGGAGCCAGCAACCAUCAAUCUUGUAACUCUUAGCAAGUUUUGAAGAUUUUUAUAAGAGUCAGAUAGUUAAAGAGUUGCAAUUGCGUUUUGUAUUAUUGUUUGAUACGUGCUAAUCCCAAAUCGUAAAUUGACUGUGGCUUUUCAGCCGCUUAGAAAAAAUUGUGAAAUGGACAUCCAGGUCAGAAGGCAACGUAUGGUGCAGAUUCAGGACCAAGAAAAUGUAUAUUCCAAAAAAAUUAAUGUUGUUAUACCAACGAAACGGCAAGGUUUGGCUGUUCGGGGUGCUCUGGGAGAACUGAAUACUAAUGUACAAGUACAACGCGAUGUAAAUGUUGGCAAAGUAGCCGUAGCUGCAGCCGAAUUUGAGAAGAAAGCUACCCGUGGUAUUGUAAGAAGUAACUACAGUCAUGUGCAAUCAAAAGUGAACACUGGGUUGGCUGCUAAAACAGUUAUUCAGCCUUCUUCAAGACCCCCAUUGAGACGCGAAGAAAGCACUGCGGCAUUGGCUGCCCGUGCUGUUGUGAGGACCAGGGCUGCUCUGAAAGAUGUUCAAAAUAAGCCUCAUUAUGUAAAGGAAUCAAACCCACUACAAGCUAAGAAAGUCACUCAGGAUAUCAAAAAGCCUUCUAAGUUGAUUUCUCUUAAAGAUAAUGUUAAGGAAAGUAAAGGCUUGCUAAGAUCAAUCCCCAAAGAGCCUACAGAGUCUCUGGGUAAGCUUAAAUUAGGUGAAAAUGAUGACAAUGUAUCAUUGGGAAAGCAAGAAAAUGUUGAUGUUAAAAUACUUUCUCCACCGAAAUUACCGGAGGACAUUGAAGACAUUGAUGCCAGCGACAAAAACAGCCCCUUACUCAUGUCAAUUUAUAUCAAAGAUAUUUAUAAGUACCUAACACAUCUAGAGGAAAAAUAUCCAAUUGAAGAAGAUCACUUAAGAAAGCAGUCUGUGAUCACCGGUAAAAUGAGGGCUACUUUGAUAGACUGGCUGGCAGAGGUUCAGAGACAAUUUUCGUUUGUGUUAGAAACAUUCCAUUUGACUGUUGGAAUAAUUGAUCGUUAUUUACAGGUGGUGCCGAAUGUGCAAAGGAAUCAGUUGCAACUUGUAGGUGUAACAGCGAUGUUUAUUGCUAGUAAAUAUGAAGAGAUCCAUGUUCCGGAUGUGAGUGAUUUUGUCUAUGUGACGGACAAUGCAUACUCAAAGUCUGAUGUCUUCCAGUGUGAGAGGGAAAUCAUGUCGAAGCUUGGCUUCUGUCUUGCAAGACCGAUACCUUUGAGCUUUUUGAGACGAUUCGUGAAAGCCGCGCACGGUACAUCCAAAAAUCACCACUUGGCCAAGUACUUCGUUGAUCUGAGUCUCGUAGAGUACUCCAUGGCUCAUUACAGGCCGUCAGAACUAGCUGCUUCCGCGAUUUGCCUCUCGUUGUACCUGCUUUCUAGUAAAAAACUAUCCGAAGUCUGGACACCUACAUUAUCGUAUUACUCUGGUUAUAGUUUAGAGCACAUUGUCCCCAUUAUGGUGAAGAUAGCUAAAAUUGUAAUAAGUGUUGAGAAUUCGAAACAUAAAGCGGUGUACAACAUGUAUUCAGACACGACGGUUGCGAAGGUGUCCAGCCUACCUCAGUUGAAAGGAGACGCGAUAUAUGAGUUAACUAAAAUCACUUCAUGUUAACGUUGGAAGUUUUGUACACGGUUAUGAGUUGUGUAUCUUGAAUGUGGUAUUAAUAAUUAUUUAUAAUCAAUAAUUAUGGACUGAGUUUUUGAUGUAAGGUUUCUUAUAGGUACCUGUUUGUUUGAUUAGGAUUAAUUUUAACUUUUAGACGUAGUUGUAUAACUGUGAGAUUUCUUUGAAAGUUAUUGACAAUUUUUAUUUAUAUAUGUAUUAUAAACAUACAACGUUUGAGACAUAUUUUUUUAGAGUUUGAAAAUUAUCUGGCAUUUUAGUGGGCUUACACGAACUUGCAGGAAAAUGCACUUCUAUAUUUUUAAAGUUAUAUACCUGUUUUCUUUAUCGACAUCAAUGAUGUAUGUAUUAUGUAAUAUUUGUGUAGUUUGCGUCUGUGGGCCCAAUAUAUUAUUUUAGAUUAAUUUAUUUGUAAUAUAAAACUGUUGUAUUGCUUAUUUCGGACGAGGUUUUAUAAAUCUCUGUUUCAAAUUAAAACGUGAAUAAGUUAUAUUCAAAGUUGUGUCAUGAUUUUAAUGUUAAUAUAGUUAUUGUAUUAAAAGCUGCGAUGCCGUAUAUUUGAAGUUCAUUGCUUGAAUAUUUGGAACCGCUUAGAAUAAAAAUAUUCUAUUAAUACUAUUUAGUGACAAUGGACCAAAACAUUUGACUAUAUUUGACUCGGAAUAAUGUAAGCCAAGUUUUAAUUGUUUAGAUAGAUAUUUUUAAUAAUGUAAUUUGAUAAACCUGUGAUUAGAUUUAUUAUCCUGUAACUUGUUGAAAAUAAAAUGUUUGUAAUAAUAAAAGUAUUUCAUUCAAGGA